AUGUCAUCUUUAUUUACUACAGUUUUAAAUAUCCUCAUCUUUCUUUCUCAACUUUCUUUCUUCUUUUCCUUUAUUCUUUCUACUCAAUUCAAUUCUAACUCAUCUUUCUUUCUUUCUUUCUUUCUUUCUUUCUUUCUUUCAAUUCAUUCAUGGUCAUCUUUCUAUCUUUAUUUAUUUAUUUAUUUCGUUAUUUAUUCCUUUCUUUCUAGAUCAUCUUUAUUUCUUUCUUUUUUCAUGAUCACCUUUCUUUCUCUCUUUCUUUCUUUCUUUUUCAUCUUUCUUCCUUUUUCAUCUUUCUUUCUUUCUUUCAACAUAAAUCAGCGUUGUUUUUCUUCCUUUCAUUUUUCACACCAUUCAAUUGAUUUUUCCUUCAUCGUCUCCGUUUUUUUCUUUUGUCUCUCUUUUUUAUUCUAUCAUAUUUUUUUCUUUCUUCACAAUUCAACGAGUUUUUUCUUUCUUCCUUGCUUUUUACACAUCAUUGAAUUGGAUAUUCUUUCUUUCUUUCUUUCUUUCUUUCUUUCUUUCUUUCUUUCUUUCUUUCUUAUUCGUCUUGUCCUCCUCCCUACCUCCUCCUCCUCCUCUAUGUCCUCCUCUCUAAAUUCUUCUUCUUCUUCUUCUUCUUCUUCUUCUUCUUGUCAUCCUCCCUACCUUGUUUUUCUCCUCCCUCUCCUUCUUCUUCUUCUUGUCCUCCUCCUCCUUCUUUUUCUUCAUGUCCUCCUACCUACCUUCUUCUUCUUCUUGUCAUCCUCCCUUCCAUUCCUUCUUCUUCUUCUUCUUCUUCUUCUUCUUCUUCUUCUUCUUGUCCUCCUCCCUACCUUCUUCUUCUUCUUCUUCUUCUUCUUCUUGUCAUCUUCACUACCUUCUUUUUCUCCUCCCUCUCCUUCUUCUCCUUGUCCUCCUCCCUACCUCAUCCUUCUCCCUUUUCUUCAUGUCCUCCUCCCUACCUUCUUCUUCUUGUUGUCCUCCUCCCUACAUUCUUCUUCUUGUUGUCCUCCUCCCUACAUUCUUCUUCUUCUUCUUCUUCUUCUUGUUGUCCUCCUCCCCACCUCCUUCUUGUUGUUGUUCCUCUUCUUCUUCUUCUUCUUCAUCUUCUUCUUCUUCUUCUUGUCUUGCUCCCUACCUUCUUCUUCUUCUUCUUCUUCUUCUUCUUCUUGUCCUGCUCCCUACCUUCUUCUUCUUCUUCUUCUUCUUCUUCUUCUUCUUCUUCCCUUCUUUUUCUCCUUCUUCUUCUACUCCUCCUCCACCACCUUCUUCUUCUUAUGA